UAUGAAAGGUCAAAUGAAAUGGACUUACAUGUUCCUUUUUGGAAUGAUAUUUCUGCUUGGAGAUAUAGCCAUUUAUACUUUAUAUGGAAAAAAUGGCAAUAUUCAACCCUUGAUGAGUACCCAGAGACAAAAUAAUAAUGCUAUUAUGGGACAGCAUUACAAAAUCAAGGUUGCCCAUAAAACUCAAAACAAUAAAGAUAAUAUCGAUCUAGAAUAUUUAGAUCAUAUACAAAAAAUGAAUGGGGACAGUCCAAAACAUGUGGACCACAGAAAUGACAUAGUGGAUAACAAUAACCAAUAUAAUUGGGAGAGAAACCAAGAUAAUAUGGAUCACUAUUAUCAUGAGAAUGUAGACCAAAUUAAGCCUUUUGGACUAUAUUCAAAGGCUAAUAAACAGUUGGUCUUUUACAACAGAAUGCCAAAAUGUGGCUCUUCGACCAUGCUUCAUUUUUUAAGGAGACUAAAAAAACAGUUUCAGCAUGUACAUUCUAACAAAUAUUGGGAACCAAAACUAUCACACAAAAAUCUUCAAGCUUUUAUAAAGUCAUUUCCAAUUUGUAAUGCGACUUCAAAACAAUAUGUUUUUGAUCGGCACAUAUAUUUUAUUGACUUUGAAAUGUUUGGAUACCAGCAACCAAUUUAUUUUAAUAUAAUCAGGGAGCCGCUUGAACAGACGUUGUCAUGGUACUAUUACAUGUUUAAUAGAAUGAUGAGUAAAUCGAGAAAGAAUGAACGAAAACAAUUCUUUUUAGAACACAAAAACCAGACAUUCGAGGAGUGUAUCCGUGAAAAUAUCAACAGUUCGUCUCUGGAUCAAAAAUGUUUGUUAAAUAAGUUAAACAAACCGACAAGUUAUGUUGAAUGGUUUUGUGGCCAUGAUGAUAACUGCUCAGAUAUGUCAUAUGGAAUUCCAAAGGCUAAAUAUAACAUUGAAAAAUAUUACAUGCUAAUUGGUCUAACAGAGGAAUAUAACCUUACACUGUUAGCUAUGGAAAAACUAUUGCCAUCUUUCUUUAAAGAUAUCAAACAAUUUAACCCAAAUAUGACAAGAAUAAAUGUAGUGCCUGCUGCCAAAAAAGUUAGACCGUCAACAGAAAUAGUAACUUUUAUGAAAGAACAUUUGAAGUAUAAAUAUGAAAUAUACAAUUUUGUACAACAAAAGUUUCACCUAACAAUGAAAAAACUCAAAAUUAACAACUUUUCAGAGCAUUGAAUGUAAAGUAUAAAAAUAGUUAGGUAUAAAAUAGGUACGGUGUUUACAAGUGUAAUAGAAUAAACCAAAUACAUGUACACUAAAACCUGUACACAUAAGCACAUUAGCUAUAAUCUAAACAUUUCUGAAUAUGGACACCUUUUCUUAAUCUCAAUUUUGCUAUCUCAUUGAUUCACAUUAUAAAAAAAAAAUUGUGUAAUGUACACACUUGCUAAUUCAGACAUUUUUGAC